UACUUACAGUAAAUUUUGUAACACAGCCUUGGUGUCAGUGGCAUGGAGCGGAAGCGUCUAAAAUUUUCUCCCUGGCCGGCGUGUUUGGCUAUUCGUGAGAAUCACUUACCAGCCGAUAUUCCGUAUAUCCCGAUUUUGAUCGAGGAUAUAUCUCGGUACGCGUCCUUACCCGAUUACGCGGAAAAUUGUAUAAAGAGCGUACAAACGAUCGGUGAGAUUAUACCCACUACCGCGCGAAAUUCUUAUUUACAAAGUAUUUCGUCGGAACUCGAGGUGAGAAUCACCCUUAGUUUAGAGGAGCUUCCUGCACACACUCUCUACUUCAAGGACCACAAGGGAAGGCAUCUGUUUAUAUGGGUAAAGCAGUCUAGUCCUUUUCAAAAAGAAAAGUUUCGUAUCUUUAAAGUUUUUGGAAUGUUGGAACAGAGGAAAAAUGAAGUUGUACUGGUAGCUUAUAAACUACUAGCAGUCCAAGAUGUACAAGGCAGCUUGAAUACAUUAUCAUUGUUGUCUUCAGCAGUUCGUCCCAUGUAUUACCAGUAA